AUGGCGUACUCUCCGCAAGCUGCGACUCAACGCAGCGGCUCCUCAGAGCCAUCCUCGCCCUACAUCUCACCCGUCGCUACACGUCCUAGACAAGGCGCUUUGACCUCUGAUGGUCUGCCGAAUGACGUCCUGUCGCAUUUGACGCUCCCAAUGCCAAAGCGCAGGGGCGCAGUGUCUGGUGCAAGUGGACCCGCGUUGCCCUUUCCACCUUUGCAAAGACCCCCUCGUCGCGAUACGAGUCGAGGGCCAAGUCCUAGUGCUGAAGAAGGGCCUGAACUGCCCCGAAUUGCUCCUCUCAACGCACCACCUCAGCGGAGAGGAGCCAUCGCCGCCCCAGGCUUCUCGAGUCUUACGCGUUCGAACACUUCAAUCCCUGGCAUGUCCUCGAUGGGCACGUCGCCAUUCCAGCCCGGGUAUGAAGACAGUCGUACCAGUCACGACGGAGUGCCUGCUUACGCACCGAGCGGUUCGGGUCUUGGCCCUAGCGCUAGCAUUCCGGCCUCUUGGACCGACUUGCGUCGCUCAAGUCGUGGCAGCGCGCCACCCCUGGACAACAACUACCUCGCUAGCUUCUCGACUGCUCCAUCAGCCUCCGCAGCUGACGGCAUUCCUCCGACCACUACCUACCAGUCAACUUCUUCUUACCCCAGCUCGGCCGCCGUUACUGCAGGGACCUCGGCAAGCUCGCACGUGGCUUACGUCUCCGCUGCCUAUUCCCCACCUCCUAGCGGCGCUUCAUUUGCGCCUAUGCACGUGGGCCAGUACGGGAAUCCGACUGCUGGGCUGGGACGCCCUGCUUGGCAACCUACCAUGACGGCUGGACCCUCCAUGCACAACAUGUAUGCGCCCAGCGGUCUGUCCUUUGACGUCGCCAAGCCCCGGCCGCGAUCCGGCCCACGCAUAGACUCUGACGUCCCGCGAAACUUCAGGUGUCAGUAUGCGGGAUGCCCCGCUCGAUUUCAACGCAAUCAUGACCUCAAGCGCCAUCAGCGAGGUCACCUCGCGACCCGGCCCUUCUCGUGCUCGUGUGGGAAGAGCUUCAGCCGCAAGGACGCAUUGAAGCGACACAUGCUGGUCAAGGUGAGUUGCAACGCCGUGCUCGUAUUGUUGGUCGUUGCCGGACGCUAACUCGAGACUGGCUUCGCGUGGAUAGGGAUGCGGUCACGCAUCGCGACGAGAUGGUGCGGGUGGUAAGUCGCAGGAGCGAGACGCCAAGAGGUCCAACAGUCAAGGCCCCGAUGCAGGACCGGAAGGCGAAGCGGAUGACCAAGAUGAUCUGGAUGAAGGUGAAGAUCAAAGUCCAGAUGAAGAGCGCCAAGACAUGGACGCUCAAGAUGGUGAACAGUACGGCCGGCAUCGCGGCUACUCUGGCUCAAGCACUCACACGUCGAGCUGGCAAGACACAGCGAGAUCGCGCAUGACUUCGGCCCCUCAAACUCGCGCACCUUUGCGCACACACUCUUCGGACGAGUGGAGCGGCCGAUCAUCGCAGGAUGUUCAUUGUUCGCCCUCUCGUGUGGAGAGCGGAUCUGGUAGCCACUAUGCGACCUCUGUCGCUUCGUAUCAGCCCUCGACGAGCAACUACCUGAGCUCGCACAGCACGUACUCGAGUGCUUAUGAUCCGCCAUCCAGCACGAUUCGCAGAGAAAGCAUCGCCAGCUUGCUCAACUUUCCCUCGACCCCCAUCGCACCUGGCAGGUAG